AUGAACCGUCAAAGUGUACGAAAAUUAAUCAAAGAUGGUUUAAUCAUCAAAAAACCAGUUGCUGUACAUUCACGUUUCCGUACAAGAAAGAAUAAUGAAGCACGACGUAAAGGUCGUCAUAUGGGUCAUGGUAAACGAAAGGGUACUGCAAAUGCCCGUAUGCCAACGAAAGUUUUAUGGAUGCGUCGUAUGCGUGUAUUACGUCGAUUAUUAAAAAAAUAUCGUGCUGCAAAAAAAAUUGAUCGCCAUUUAUACCAUGAACUUUAUCUAAAAUGCAAAGGUAAUGUUUUCAAAAAUAAACGUGUAUUAAUGGAAUUUAUUCACAAGAAGAAAGCAGAAGUACAACGAUCGAAAAUGUUAAGUGAUCAAGCUGUUGCGCGUCGUGAACGAACAAAAGAAAAACGUACACGUCGUGAACAACGUAUUCAGCAAAAACGUAGUGAAUUUAUUGGAAAACAUGAUGAUGGUGUAGCUGAUGAUACUCAACCCGGUGUUCAAGCAGCAAUUCAAGAAUCUGUACAACAACAUCAACAAUCAACAACAAAAAGUGGCGAAAAAAAGAAAUAA